UAUUAUUAAUUAUAGAUUUUACAUUUUGGUAUUUUACAUGAUAUGUUAAAAUAGUACCUCAGCUGACAAGAACAGCAAGAUAUCACAAAAUGUCAAAAACUUGUUUCUCAUAUGUCUAUAAUUAUUGGUUGUUCUUCUAAAAGAAUUGCAAAGCAUUACAACUGCGAAGCAUGUCUUUCUUGAUGAGCAUCCUAGUGACUUUCUUUUUUUUGUUCAUUCUAGUUAAGUUAUUCAAGAGAUACAGCUCAGGGAAGGUGGGCAGCAAAUUGCCCCCAGGUCCAUGGAAGCUGCCUUUCAUCGGGAACAUGUUAUCAAUGAUUAGUUCAGAACUACCACAUCAAGUUCUUAGAAAUCUGGCCAGAAAACAUGGUCCCUUGAUGCAUCUUCAACUCGGAGAGAUACCUUAUUUGGUUGUUUCGUCUCCUCAAAUAGCUAAAGAGAUACUCGUAAAGCAAGAUCUCUCGUUUGCCAGCAGACCUGAACUGCUAGUCUCCAAGAUCGUGUUUUACAACUCCUCAGACGUCGCAUUUUCAUCCUAUGGCACUCACUGGAGGCAGAUGCGCAAGAUUUGCGCCAUGGAGCUCCUCACUGCGAAGAAAGUCCAGUCAUUUUCGUCAAUUCGAGAGGAAGAAGUCGGUGCUCUGAUGAACCAUAUUCUUUCAUCUGCAGGAUCUCCUGUAGAUCUUUCCAAACAUUUUUUCACGUUCAUGAAUACUGUAACAUCAAGAGCUGCAUUCGGUAGGAUCUAUAAGGAGCAAGAUCUAUUAAUUGAGUGUGUACAAGAACUUGCGGUUCUGGCUGGAGCUUUUGAUAUAGUCGAUUUGUUUCCUUCGUAUAAGUUUCUUCAUGUUUUUACCAGUAUCGGGUCCAAGUUAAAAACCCUUCAUCGAAACCUAGAUAUGACCCUAAACAGAAUCCUCGAUGACCACAAGAAGAAACCAGAAGAUACAGAUGGGUGUAAAACUGGCACGGAAGAUGAAGAUUUUCUUGAUAUUCUGUUCAGACUUAAAAACAGUGGGGAGCUUGAGUUUCCAUUCACAACCGACCAUAUCAAAGCGUUGGUAGUGGAUGUUUUCUCAGCUGGAACAGAGACGUCUUCAACAACAAUGGAGUGGGUCAUGUCAGAACUUGUAAGAAACCCGAGAGUGAUGAAAAAGGCACAAAAUGAAGUUAGAGCAGUGCUAAAUGGAAAGAAAGAAGUACAUGAAGCAGAUAUUCAAGAAUUGAAGUAUCUAAAACUAGUGAUCAAAGAGACGAUGAGAUUACACCCAUCACUUCCCCUGUUGCUUCCUAGAGAAUGUCGGGAGAGUUGCGAGAUUGAUGGAUAUGUGAUACCGUUGAAGACGAAAGUGAUUGUUAAUGCAUGGGCUCUUGCAAGGGAUCCUGAGUAUUGGCAUGAUGCUGAGUGUUUUUUACCUGAAAGAUUCGAAGACAAUUAUUAUGAUUUCAAGGGAAGCAACAUGGAGUAUCUACCAUUCGGAGCAGGAAGGAGAAUCUGUCCAGGAAUUUUAUUUGGUGUCGCUAAUGUUGAGCUUCUUCUUGCAAGCUUACUCUAUCACUUCAACUGGAAACUCCCAGAUGGGAUGAAUAUUAGAGAUUUGGAUAUGAAGGAGAAAUUCGGUGCUUCCGUUGGGAGAAAGACGAGCUUGCAACUGAUUGCAGCCCCUUAUGAUCUCAAUUGCGGGGACUCCUAAAGUCCACCAGUUAGGAUCAUCAUGUAUUUGGUUCUUCAGGUCUAUAGACUAUAAAACACUUAUAUGGGUUGGGCCUAAUGUGCGGGUUAGGCCCAUUGGUAUGCAUGGUAUGUGAUAUUACAGGGAAAUAACUAAGUUCUAUGUUUAUGGUUUGUGCGUUAACACUUUUAGGUAAUUACAGUUCUAAAAGGAAGGCCCUAACGUGAUUGCACAACCUCCCCUCGAUUUUAUUUCGCUUAUUAUUUGAUUUCACUCCGAUGUUAAGAAUAUUUAU